GGGAAUUAACCCAUCAUUAUUCUGAUGCAAGAUGCGAAGAUAACACAAGCUUCUGCUGGGCAUGCUCUUCCCCUCAUCCCCGCGUCUGAAGCACCCGGGCUCUCCUACCUUCACGCAACUCUUCUCUUCUACAGCAGCAUUACAUACCCGAUCACCUCCUCCCUGUUCCGCUGACAUCCUCAAACGAUGCAGGACUUCUAUCAAGGCCAAGCUCAUCAUCGCCGGCGGCCUCCAUGCCGAACCGGAGAUGGGGCGGUCGCAGCUUGUAUUCUGGUGGAACAAUCUGAUCAAGCGAUGUGUCUUCCUCCACUCCUACGACCACGUUGUUCCUCUCUUCCGCGAGAUGCUGAGACUACAAUGGACUCCAGACGGCUACACUCUCCCUUACGUGCUCAAGGCUUGUGGAGAGCUAUCCUCCUUCCCUAGAGGCGAGUCUGUCCACGCUUUUUGCUUGGUUACCGGACAUGACAGUAACGUCUAUGUACGCAACAGCCUCAUAGCAAUGUAUGGGAGGUGUGGAGCUCUGCUUCACGCACAGAAGGUGUUCGACGAGACGGUUGUGAGAGGAAUUCACGACGUCAUUUCCUGGAACUCCAUUGUCGCAGCUUAUGUGCAGGGAAAAGAUUUCAGGCGAGCUUUAGGCUUGUUUGGCGCCAUGAUAUCUAGAUGCGAUCUCAACUUGCGUCCUGAUGUUAUUAGUUUAGUUAACGUAAUCCCCACAUUUGCUCCUUCAAGAGAAUUGCGGUUAGGAAAACAAGUCCACGGGUAUGCUAUUCGUUUAGGUUUAUACGAGGAUGUCUUCGUGGGGAAUGCGAUGGUAGACAUGUAUGCUAAAUUUGAGCAAAUGAAUGAAGCCAACAAAGUGUUUGAGUGUAUGGAGGUGAAAGAUGUGGUUUCAUGGAAUUCAAUGGUGACUGGGUACUCCCAGAUAGGGAUGUUCAAGGAGGCAUUAGGAUUAUUUGAGAGAAUGAGACAACAAGAGAUCGAUUUGAAUGUUAUCACAUGGAGUGCAGUAAUCUCAGGGUAUGCACAGAGGGGUCUUGGAUAUGAAGCUCUGAAUGUCUUCCACGGGAUGAUGCUUUCUGGGACAAACCCUAACGUUGUUACUCUUUCCUCGGUUCUUUCUGGUUGUGCUUCUGUUGGAGCAUUGAAUCAAGGGAGAGAGACUCAUUGUUAUGCCAUCAAACACAUAUGUCAUUCAGAGGGGAAUAAUGAUAUUGAGGAAGAGGAUGAGGAAGAUAAAAUGGUCAUUAAUUGUCUUAUAGACAUGUAUGCAAAGUGCAAGAAAGUAGAGGUGGCUCGUGCCAUGUUUGACGCCAUUGAAUUAAGAGACCGAAAUGUGGUGACAUGGACUGCGAUGAUUGGUGCAUACGCACAACAUGGAGAUGCCAAUGAGGCGUUGAAACUCUUCUCAUCAAUGGUAAAGGAAAAUCUUUCCUUGGUCAUACCAAACGGAUUUACGCUAUCGUGUGCUUUGAUGGCGUGUGCCCGCUUGUCUUCUCUUAGAGUUGGUCAGCAAAUUCAUGGAUACAUCUUGCGUAACCAGUAUGAAACAUGCAUGUUAUUCGUGUCUAAUUGUCUCAUUGACAUGUAUGCGAAAUCUGGUGACAUUGACACUGCGAGAACAGUAUUUGAUAUCAUGGCCUACAAAAACACCGUUUCGUGGACCUCACUGAUGACCGGAUACGGAAUGCAUGGUCGGGGUGAAGACGCUCUUAGAGUGUUUGAAGCAAUGCAGAUGCACCAGGAUUUGGAGAUUGAUGGUGUAACUUUUUUGGUCCUGUUGUAUGCUUGUAGCCAUUCUGGCAUGGUGGACAAAGGGAUGAAUUACUUUAACAACAUGACAAAAGAUCAUGGGGUCAUUCCCGAGAUUGAACAUUAUGCUUGCAUGGUUGACCUUUUGGGCCGUGCCGGUCGUUUGGAUGAAGCAUUGAAGCUGAUACAUGAUAUGCCUGGAGUGCCCACCUCAAUAAUUUGGUUUUCUUUGUUGAGUGCUUGCAGGGUUCACAAGAACGUUGAGAUUGCGGAACACGCAGCGGCCAAAUUGUCAUACUUGGAAGCAGAGAAUGAUGGGUCGUACACGUUGCUUUCAAACAUUUACGCAAAUGCCAGGCGUUGGAAAGAUGUAGCCCGUGUAAGGUCUCUAAUGAAACACUCUGGAAUCAAGAAGAGACCAGGAUGCAGUUGGGUCCAAGGAAGGAAAGGGACUUCAGUAUUCUUUGUGGGAGACAGAAGCCAUCCGAUGUCCGAGGAAAUAUACAAUCUCUUAGCUGAUUUGAUCGGUCGUGUUAAAGGGAUGGGAUACAUUCCACAGACGAGCUUUGCCCUACAUGACGUGGACGACGAGGAGAAAGGCGAUCUGCUUUCUGAACACAGUGAAAAGCUGGCUUUGGCUUAUGGGAUUUUGACUACAGCUCCCGGGUUGGCAAUUAGGAUAACGAAAAACUUGCGUGUUUGUGGGGAUUGUCAUUUGGCUAUAAUCUAUAUCUCUAAGAUCAUUGAUCAUGAAAUCAUUUUGAGAGACUCGAGCCGCUUUCAUCAUUUCAAGGACGGGUCUUGCUCGUGCGGGGGGUAUUGGUGAAUAAAUGCUCUGGUUUUUACUUUGGGAGUUUGGGAUGCGCUUAAGGUCUUAUAUUUGUGAAUGGUAAAAAGAUUAUCUUUGAUGGUUUGUUUAGUUGAUUAGUUCAUGAAAUUAAAUGGGGAGUGUUUUGAGAAGUGUAUUUCUCAGCUCUGUUUUGCCUCAAAACAACAAGGAAGACAGAAUGCUCACCCAGAAGAAACUAGUGCAUCCUCCUUGGCAAGGAAUAUACAAGACUCAUAUUGUUCAUAGAAAAAUAUAAAUCACUCAAAGUUUUCCUCUGUCAUACACUUAUACUCUGAUACCAAAGUAGCAGGGUGGCUCUUCACUUUGUAACCGAGAUGCAGGAUAAAGGUCAGAAGAAUUUUGAAGCCAGUAGGAACUGAGUGUUACCCGGUAUUGGUGUUGGGGUUGCCUUUGUUGAUGAACCAUUAGUCUCGGCAAUCCCUCAUCACGAAAUUUGAUAAAGCAAUUGAACAUAUGAAACUGAUCGUUUUAAAUCUUGCCCCACCACUGAAACAAUUCCAUGUUGUCCCUACUGAGUCUGUGUACUCAUUCAAACCUGCUGAUGGAAGAGAACGGCUGAAAAAGUUGAUUGAUGUUAUUACUGAUACAACAGGAAAAGAAGAUCUCUUGGAGCAUAUGCGUAUGCUGGUCUUGCAAAAGAUUGCUAUGGAAAAUAGAUAAACCAAAAUUGUGCUAGGGAAGUGCACAUCAAGGAUUGCUUGUCAUGUGCUUGAAGCAUCUGUCAAGGUUUUGAUACUUGCAAUAUAUUAGCUUAAAGCUGUUUUGAGGAGAAUCUGUCCAGAGAGAGCAUGAUUGUAAGAACGGCUGGAAAGAUUACCACUUUUCAUUUCAAUAGGAUUCCAAAAGAUGAUAAAUGUCAUGGUCCAACAGCAUCUCAGAGGAAACGGAAGAAACAAAAUCUCAAAACAGAUCCUUUGCUUUCGCAAGAGUCAUUCUGUCCUAUUUGCAAUAGCCCAGUCAAAAUGUCUGACAUACUCCGUAGUAAAUAUGGCACAUUCUGAAAAUAUUCAAACCAGUAUGGAUCUUGUGGAGUUGCGUUGCGUGAGUUGCCGGUUUCAGAUUUUACCUGCAGAGAUCUCAUCUACGAACGCUUUUUAUUCACUCCUACCAGAUCCAAUAAUUUCUCGAGCAAAAGAUGUGAGGUCUAUCAAUCAAAGCCUCCUGCUAAGGUGGGAGCCUUUCCAGCACUGGAAUGAUGAUGAUGAUCUACUUCAGCCUAAGUUUUCAAUACAACAUAUUUGGCUGAAUUGACUUAUGAAAUUCUAGUUGAAACGUCUGAAUCGGCCGAAAUGAUAUUGUUAUAUUUGAAUAUAUUUUAUUAAUGAAAACGAUUAUAUGAGAAUGAGCUAAGAUAG